GGCUGUUCUCUCCGGAGGAGCAGGCAGCAGCCAUGGCGCCCAGCCGAAAUGGCAUGAUCCUGAAGCCACACUUCCACAAGGACUGGCAGCGGCGGGUGGCUACGUGGUUCAACCAGCCGGCGCGGAAGAUCCGCAGGCGCAAGGCCCGGCAGGCGAAGGCGCGACGUAUCGCCCCCCGGCCGGCGGCGGGCCCGGUGCGGCCCAUCGUGCGUUGCCCCACCGUGCGCUACCACACCAAGGUGCGCGCCGGCCGCGGCUUCAGCUUGGAGGAGCUGCGGGUGGCCGGCAUCCACAAGAAGGUGGCCCGGACUAUCGGUAUCUCCGUGGAUCCGCGCAGGCGGAACAAGUCUACGGAGUCGCUGCAGGCCAACGUGCAGCGGCUCAAGGAGUACCGCUCCAAGCUCAUCCUCUUCCCCAGGAAGCCCUCUGCGCCCAAGAAGGGAGACAGCUCUGCUGAAGAGCUGAAAUUGGCCACUCAACUGACAGGACCAGUUAUGCCCAUUCGGAACGUCUACAAGAAGGAGAAAGCCAGGGUCAUCACAGAGGAGGAGAAGAACUUCAAAGCCUUUGCCAGUCUCCGCAUGGCCAGGGCUAACGCCAGGCUUUUUGGCAUCAGGGCAAAAAGAGCCAAGGAGGCUGCUGAGCAGGACGUUGAAAAGAAAAAAUAAAACAUACUUUUGGUAGCUUGUGCAAAUGGUGGUCAUUUUGUAGAGACCUGAGAAGGAUGGGAUGGAAGGGGGCACAUGGGUGUUUUCAAGGGUGGCAAAUGCUUAAUAUCACUUUUUUUUUGCCCAUUUAGAGCUUACCCAUGUUGAAACUUCCAUGUAUGGUGUCAGUUGAUGCCCACAGGAGGACAUAAUCACUCUACCCAUGUUAUCUUCUGGAAUGUUUGUUGGUGUUCAGGUCUUUCUGACACUCCAUUCUGAGCUGACUAAAGGAGGGAAAGAGGA